AUGACACAAGAGAAACGAGGAACGAGCCAUCAAUCUGACGACCAAAUUCUCGGGAAAAAUCCCUGGCGCGGCCAAUCAUCCGCCGCCCAUCCAAUCGCCAAUCCCUCAGCUCUUCCCUAUUCCAGUCAGGCCACGACGGCCCCAAGAACUGGAAAAACCGGAAUCGCGACCGAGGCCAUCAGAAGAGGGGGAGGGAAAGAGACCAACCUCGUUGACGUCAAGACCAACCGGGCCAACCCACCGGGCCACGACGCGAACAGCGGCGACUUCGUACGACCUGCGUCCGCAGGAGAGUGA